CACCACCGGAUCAAGGUUUUUCACAUUUCGAUGAAAAUUCCGAGUUCGGGUUUAGAUGAUGAUCCUAAUAAGAAGAUACGAAAACCGUACACGAUUACCAAGUCCAGAGAGAGCUGGAGUCAUCAAGAGCAUCACAAAUUUCUCCAAGCUCUUCACCUAUUUGAUCGUGAUUGGAAAAAAAUUGAAGAAUUUGUCGGCUCAAAAACAGUUAUCCAGAUUCGAAGCCAUGCUCAGAAAUAUUUUCUCAAAGUCCAAAAGAAUGGAACAACCGAGCAUGUACCACCUCCUCGCCCGAAGAGGAAAGCAUCCCAUCCUUAUCCACAAAACGCCCCGAAAAAAGCUGAUAUUGGAUUAGCAUGUAACUAUAGCAGCAGUAGCAAUGAAAGCACCCCUCGUGUAUGGAAAGAUAACGAGACGCUUUGCCAAGUUAAAAAAUACAGAACAACAAAAGUUGUGCCAGAUUUUGCGCAAGUUUACGGAUUCAUUGGCAGUGUAUUUGACCCUGAAGCAAGUGAUGAUCAUUUGAAAAGAUUGAAAAAGAUGGACCCUAUAGAUAUCGAGACUGUGUUAUUGUUGAUGAAGAAUCUGUGUGUCAAUUUGGCCAGCCCAGAAUUUGAGGAUCAUGUAAGUUAUCAAAAUCAAACCGUGUGUUCGUUUAUUUAUUUGUUUAAUUUUUUUAUGAAUAAAUGUUGUUCGAUUUGA